ACACAAGUCAAAAACUUCUUUCUUUCAGAUUCUUCGCAGAAAUCUUAAUUUACUAGAAAUGGCGGGAAUUGUUGUGAUUUUUGAUUUUGAUAAGACUAUUAUUGACGUUGAUAGCGACAAUUGGGUCAUUGAUGAACUGGGUUUUACUGAUUUGUUCAAUCAACUCCUCCCCACCAUGCCUUGGAACUCUCUCAUGGAUAAGAUGAUGAAGGAGCUUCAUUCACAAGGAAAAACCAUUGAAGACAUUGUUCAAGUCUUGAAACGUGUUCCUAUUCAUCCCAGGAUUGUUCCUGCUAUUAAGUCGGCUCAUGCUCUAGGGUGUGAGUUAAGGAUUGUUAGUGAUGCAAAUAUGUUCUUCAUUGAGACAAUCUUGGAACAUCUUGGAGUAAGGGAUUGUUUCUCAGAAAUUAACACAAAUCCAGGAUAUGUUGAUGAAGAAGGGAGAUUAAGAAUUUUCCCUUACCAUGAUUUUACUCAAUCUUCUCAUGGUUGCAGCCGUUGCCCACCAAACAUGUGCAAGGCUCUCAUACUUGAAAGAAUCCAAACUUCAAUAGCAAAGGAAGGAAACAAGAAAAUAGUCUAUCUUGGAGAUGGAAUUGGAGAUUAUUGCCCGAGUUUGAAGCUUACAGAGUCAGAUUAUCUGAUGCCAAGAAAGAAUUUUCCAGUGUGGGAUUUGAUUUGCAGAAAUCCAAUGCUUAUAAAGGCAGAAAUCCAUGAAUGGAGUGAUGGGGAAGAGCUUGAACAUAUUUUGCUUCAAAUUAUUAAUAAAAUUUCAAUGGAAGAAAGUAAUGGAAUCUCUGCUCAGUUAUUCUCAGCUGAUUGCAAGUUGCAGAAUAUAUCAAUUGCUGGCCAUGAAACCUUGCCUAAAGCUCUCUCAGUUCCUCAUUAGUGAUAUCAACCUCUAAUAACCCAAUUAUGGGAAGAUGCCAUGUCUAUCAAGUUAACUGUGAUUUUAUCUUUUAAGCUUUCUUGGUUAAACAAGAAACAUGUAGCUCUGUAAUGUUACUUCUGAUCAAGAAUUGAUCCAAGAACUGAUCAAGAAUUGAUCCAAGAAAUGAUCAAUACACCAAAUUUUAGUUUCACUUGUAAAUUUUGAUUGUACUGUUAGUUUAUCUCUUGUUUGGAAUAAAUGAAUUGUACAAAAUUUUGUAAAA